AUGGGAUCACCGCCAAUUUCAGACGCAGGUGCACUUACUGAUACUAUUAGUUUCCAGUGCGAUGAAGCUCGGCCACAAUGUAUCCGAUGUGCUCGUACAGGGGCUAUGUGCUGGUUCCAGAAGACGCCGCUACGGUUUCGUUCCGUGGAUACGAAUAAAAGCAUAGGGUCGAAAGCCUUGGAGGGUGACCGGUCGAAAUAUGAUGUGAUCACCAUAGAUGGACCAUCUAAGCCUGUGCGACAUGGUGGUUGGCAGGGGCUUAAUGGUUGCAGUUCACGCGCAGAGGACUGCUUGUUUUCAUAUACCAUCCUGGAGCCUGCUUCGCCGCUAAAUGAGAAGGAGCAAAUAUCUUUACAGGACAGCCCUAUAGGCAAGACUACUGAGCAACUGUAUUUAUCCUACUUCACACAAGAAUUGAUGAGCAUGUUGCCGGAAAGCGUCCGAGCGGUUGCCUCCAGGAUGACAGAACUGUCUGGUCUUCGUGAGGCUGCCAUCGCCCUCUCCGCUGCCCGACUGGCAUCCAUCGAAAGCGCACCACAACUGUCACCGCUACGGAAACCUCGUUUGCAGCACUUUUCUGAAGCGCUUAGUCGAUUUAUCUCCGCGGUCCAGCAGAUCCGAUCUCAUCCUACGGAUAUAGAGAAUGUGCUCGCCGCAGUCAUACAUCUGGUUCUCUUCGAAUUAGAAGUAGGGACACUCUGGGGUGUCUGUUGCCAUGUUUCCGGGCUCGAGAACUUGCUCAAGCUGCACCAGGAUGUUCUAAUGGAGUCACACUAUGGUCGAACUCUUCUGCGAGCUGGUGCUUUUCUCGGGAUACGGACUCUAUUCUUGCUGAGUCCGCUCACUUCGUUCGAUAUUGAACCUGCGACAGGGAGGUACUUUCAGAGACUAUUCGACGGAAUAGCUCAGCCACAAGAGAUCAUAUAUAUAAAUAUGACCAGAGCUGUAUCGAUGACGACGCGUCUUAUUCUGACUCACUGCAUGCAGUAUGAUCAUGAGACCUGGAAUAUCGUGGCGGGCAAGGUCUAUAAUCAAUUCCUAGAUGCCCCCAUGCAGCCAGCGGAUACUUCCAUAUUACCUGAAACAACCGAAGGACGAGAUAUCUUUAUAUACCUGAAAGAAUUAGAGGAGCGAAAUGAAUCCGUCAUCUCCGAUUCGAGCUACGAACCGCUCGACACGAUGCUUUCAAAAUUAAGAGGGUCGAGGCCCCACAAUAUGCACUCCUUUCUCAAUAUCCCCGGUAUAAAUCCAAUCAGAUUCGAUCAAUGUGAAGACGCCAUCUUCCACGCCAUAUAUGCUCUUACGCAUAUCUACUGCGACGGGGAGCUUCUCCAAAGUCUACUCUACCAACAGGAAAUCGAAAGCAAUCUCCAUGUGGCCGAUUAUGUAAAGAUGAUCCUUGGUAUCGCAAAAGGUUACAACCCGGCAAGCUGUUUCUGCGACAGUGUCUACAACAUCAACAUUAGCUGGGUAUUGAUCUUGCUAGCCUUGCGUUGGCCAACUGAGGAGGUCAUGAUUUACCUCAAAGAUGACUUCCUUCCGCGUUUACAGGGCACGGAUACUCUGCGGGAGGACACAGUAGGGUCACUACCAUCCUUCUCGCGGAUCGUGAAUGUAUUACACACGGAAACAAAACGUGGCCGCAGAAUUUACACAAUGCAACCUGUCUACGCAGACUCUGAUGAGCAGGAGCAUUUCUUCCUGAUGAACCAGGUGAAAGGAUAUGCGAUCCAUGGCCGAGACAGUGAGGGUCACUUCUUCAAUGACUAUGUCUCUACUUGA